AUGACGCCAUUAGCUGCAUUCAUAUUAGAGUGGCUUAGAAUAGCGAACUCGAAGAAUCACACGGCUCACAACCAGUCUGUCAAGCCUCACAAGAAUGGAAUCAAGAAGCCUAGGAGGCAGAGGCAAGCAUCCACUGAAGGGAUGGAUCCCAAGUUGCCUAGGAAUCAGAGGUAUUCGAGAAAGCAUAAUAAGAAGAGUGGCGACUCAGGAUUUGAAGCAGAGGAGUAGAAGAAGUGAUGAGGACA